CAUAAAUAAAGAUGGAGAAAUGGGGAUUCUCUACUAGUCGGAGAAAAAUGGCGACAUGGGGUGCAUUUUUUGGUACAAGGGUUAUGGAAAUAGUGAAGAAGCAUGAUUCCGGCGGCCUUGUUUGGAAGAGAAUUAAGCUCACAUCUACUCGCAAAGCUAAUGCCAAGAAACGUCUUCGCCGUGUUUGGCAGAAUGAAGCUGUCUUGAGGGCAUGUUCUGAAGCACCUCCAUCCGAAACUUCAGAGGUUGAUGCUGGACAAAUAAGUAAUGUGCAGUUAAAAACCAGUAAGAGUUAGUUCUGAAAAGGGUGACCGAGUAUGAAGAGGCAAAAUGAAAUAUGCGUGACAGCUGCUUGCAAGGUUAACGACAUUAAUGGACUACCCCUGAAUUUUGCUUUACCUGUUAGCGUUAUGUUAGUAUCUGGUGAAGUGAUUUGGAUGUCUCACUUUCACAUGGUUACUCUAGAUCAUGCAUGUUAUAGCUGAGACAACUAUCUCCUUCAUCUUUGGUGAUCCAAAGUAUACUUUUCUUAGCUUAGAUGUACUGAGUAUUUACAUCGCUGACAAAAUUUAUCACGUAGAAUCUAUUCUGAGGUCAUGCUUCUGUUUGUGUUUGAUCACAAGUUUGUUUGGUCA